UUCAUGUCAGAAACCGUUUUAGCACUGAAGGGGUUUCCUCGCCGGUCUCCAGCCUUCAAAAAAUAUAUUUAUUUUUCCGAACUCGGAGGAUACAACAAACAAAGAAGGUACAAGUACAACUGGAAUUGCAUAGAUGCAGUCACAUUUCUUGUGCGCUGUUUGCUAUAACACAAUCGAAGCAACCUGCGAGGGCCGCCGUUCCUGAUUCUAUCCAAACGCGCUUUUUGUCACGAGAAUACGAAUGUCUUCUCGGCUUAAAUGGAGCUCCUUGCUGUUGGUAUCGAUGGUUAUGUGCUUUUGUUUCGAUCUGUGCUUGGGAAGUGGAUCCUGUUCUGCGCCACCGCACGAGGACCAUGACAGACAUCACUACCAUCAGUGUGAUCAUGGACACGGCGAUAAUCACAACCACAAUCACCCGCACCACCAUGAUCAUAGUCAUAAGCAGAAGAAGAGAAUGCUGCUUCCGGAGGAAUUAGCCGAAGAGGAGGAUCUGAUGCGGUAUGGUUUUGGAUCCUUCCAUCAAGACGAUGAUCAUGAGUAUGAGCAUCAUGGAAGUUCGGAGCUCUCCGGUUUAGGCCUUUGGUUUCGUGCAUUAGGCUGCUCACUUUUGGUGAGCUUAGCAUCCUUCAUUUGCUUGAUUAUCUUGCCAGUGAUAUUCAUACAGGGAAAACCGUCCAAGGCAGUUGUUGACUCAUUGGCCUUAUUUGGGGCUGGAGCUAUGUUAGGCGAUGCUUUUCUGCACCAACUGCCACAUGCUUUUGGUGGUGAACACUCUCACUCACAUGAUCACCAUGCAGACCUUCCACAUCAUGCUCAUGUUGGACAUGGGCAUUCACAUUCUCAUUCUCUGAAGGACCUUUCUGUGGGAAUUUCUGUUCUGUCCGGAAUUGUACUCUUCCUUCUAGUGGAGAAGUUGGUGAGGUACGUUGAAGAUAACUCAGGGGGAGAUAACACCUGGAGUCAUAGUCAUCAUAACCAUCACCAUAAGAUCAAUAGAAACUUGAACGACGAUGAUAAUGCUAUUGAAAAAAUGCCAUCUCAAUCUUCAGAGGGAAAAGAGUUGCAUGAAGGGACAAAUGACUCUUUGAAUGGAGAUAAUUUAAUUCAACAUGAAUCUCUGCGGAAGAGAAAGAUUACCUCAGGUACUGGAGAUGUCAAACCAGAGGUAGAUGAUGAUAAUGGCUUCAGUGAUGAUAUUGCUUCCUUGACUGAGAAAGAACCUGCAAAAUCACCAUCAAAUCUUGUGUUUGGUUAUCUCAAUCUUUUCUCUGAUGGUGUUCACAAUUUUACUGACGGAAUGGCUUUAGGAAGUGCUUUCCUCCUCUAUGGAUCAGUUGGCGGAUGGUCUAGAACUCUAUUUUUACUUGCACAUGAACUUCCCCAAGAGAUUGGUGAUUUUGGUAUUUUAGUAAGGUCAGGUUUUACCAUACCCAAAGCGCUUCUCUUUAAUUUCCUCUCAGCGCUGGUUGCACUAGUAGGAACUGCCUUGGCUUUGCUCUUAGGACGAGAUCCAGGACAGUCUUCUUUGAUAGAGGGAUUUACUGCUGGUGGAUUUAUAUACAUAGCUGUAGCUGGAGUGCUUGCAGAGAUGAAUAGUAGUGGUAAGAUUACAUUCAGAAGUACAGCCAUCCAGUUAACCUCUCUCAUAAUAGGGAUGGCCGUUGCCUUAUGUAUCUCACUUGUAGAAUAAGAUUGCAUGUAGGUAUAGUUGUAUUAUAAAUUAACUCUACAGGAUCGAUGAUUUAUGUUCUCAUGCCCUACCUCCAUUGUGGUUAGUAUGUUCAUUUGGUUAAUUGAAGGCAUGAAGUAAAAACGAGGGAUCAGAAGGCAUACUCGCUUGUGAAUUCA